AUGUUGAGAAACGUAUUUGCAAGACCAUCUUUAUUAAGAAGCCAGAGAUUAGCUCUCAAUUCUUCAUCAUGGAGAAGGCUACUUCAUAUCGAGACCCUAACGACACCAAACGACAAUGCUUUGAAAUACUUGUCUAAGGAUGGUGAACUAUUACAGCCACGUGGCUCCAAGAGUAUUGUUAUCAAGAAUACAGACAAGACGUUGCUAGCUCAUUCUAAGUUGGCUGAAACCAUAUUUGUUCAAUGUCCUGGUGUGGAAACUGUGAUGAUUGGUGAUGACUUCCUUACAGUAAACAAGGAUUCUAUGGUCCAUUGGAACCAAAUAACCCCUACAGUUAUUGAAAUUCUAACGACCCAUCUAAACUCCGGCGACGAUGUAGUUUCACCAGAUUUCCAAGGUGCCCAAGAAUUAAAGGAUGGUGGUUACAAUAUUAACGUUCCAAAGUUUAAUUAUACCGAAGACGAACAAGAGAUUAGUGAGUUGAUUGAUGAACUGAUUGACACAAGAAUCAGACCUGCCAUCAUGGAGGAUGGUGGUGAUAUCGACUAUCGUGGAUGGGAUCCCAAGACAGGUACUGUAUAUUUGAAAUUGCAAGGUGCAUGUACAUCCUGUUCUAGUAGUGAAGUUACAUUGAAGUAUGGUAUUGAGUCUAUGUUGAAGCAUUAUGUCGAUGAAGUCAAUGAAGUCAUCCAGAUCAUUGACCCUGAACAAGAGAUCGCUUUGAAGGAAUUUGACAAGUUAGAGAAGAAAUUGUCUUCAAAGGAGAGUUCUACCUAG